AUGUCCACCUCCUCGGAUUCCUCAUCCCUCGUGCAUGUGCUGCCUCCCGACCCUAGCCACUCUACUCUUCUCAGUGCCAUAUCAUCCUCCCCUGAUCCCAUUGACCACGACGACACCCUCUCACCUCACCAAGACCAUCAGAGCCGCCGCCUCCUGAGCCCCUCGCCGCUGCUCUUACCACCACCUACCGCCCCCUCUCCUGGACACGCGACCACCUCACCUGCGGAUGACCCCCGGCCACGAGACGUCACUGCUACCAAUCCCGCCCACGCAGCUCCGCGCCUGGGCUCUUCCGACUCCUCUGCUAACCAAUUACCCUCUCGCCAACAAUCUCCGGUCGCCGCUGGCGAGGGAAUAGAAAUGGAGUCCAUUAAAGGGGGUGGCCACCGCCGACGCCGCAGUAGUCUGAUGCAGAGCGCUGGCUCUAGCAACCACAACCGCAAUCCGUCACGAAGCCGAGGGGGUAACUUGCUCGAAGAACCCAAGAUUUCGGAAGAAGACGCUGGCGCUAAGCCAUCUGGCUCAAAAGACAUGGACGAUGACAGCUUCUCCGAUGAGGACCUUCAUGAUGACGAAGAGACGGGCCUGACAAAGAAGGACAAGAGGAGGAAGAAGCACAAGAGGAGAAACAACACACGAUUAGACCAGAGGAUCGUACAAGGAGGCAUUACUGCCGAGGAGAAAAAGGAGGCAGAUCAAAACGUCGUCAGGAGGUCAAUGGUCAACAUCGCUUUGAUCUUGCUGUGGUAUUUGUUUUCACUCAGUAUCUCGCUGUACAAUAAAUGGAUGUUCGAUAAGGACCACCUCAACUUCUCUUUUCCUUUGUUCACGACAGCAUGCCACAUGUUGGUACAGUUCGGCCUUGCAUCUUUAGUUCUGUUCUUAAUACCCUCUCUGCGUCCAUCGAAUGCGCAGCGUCACUCCGAUCUGGGUCGCUCACGGCAUGAAUCUGAGCCGGAACGGCCUUUAAUGACCAAGAUGUUCUAUCUGACACGCAUUGGUCCAUGCGGUGCUGCGACGGGUCUCGAUAUCGGACUUGGAAACACUUCUUUGAAGUUUAUCACGCUCACAUUUUACACCAUGUGUAAAUCAUCUUCCCUAGCGUUUGUUUUAAUUUUCGCCUUCCUAUUUAGAUUAGAGAAGCCGACAUGGCGUCUUGUUGCCAUUAUUGCGACCAUGACCGCUGGUGUGGUUCUCAUGGUUUCUGGAGAAGUCGAAUUCGACCCCCUUGGGUUCAUUCUUGUCAUUUCAGCCGCUUUCUUCUCCGGUUUCCGUUGGGGCUUGACUCAAAUUCUCUUGCUCCGCAACCCUGCCACUUCGAAUCCCUUUUCGAGCAUCUUCUUCCUCGCACCGGUUAUGUUUCUCACCCUUAUUGUUAUUGCCAUCCCUGUGGAGGGAUUCCCUGGGCUCUUCAAGGGUCUAGAGCUGCUCGUGGACAAAUGGGGCGCCUUCAUGACCCCCUUGUUCCUUCUCUUCCCCGGUUGCAUCGCCUUUUUGAUGACCGCCUCUGAAUUCGCUCUGCUGCAGCGCACCUCCGUCGUCACGCUCUCGAUCGCCGGUAUCUUUAAGGAGGUGGUUACUAUCUCGGCCUCUGCCAUCGUCUUCCAUGACCGGCUUACCCCCGUCAACUUUGUCGGUCUUAUUACGACCAUAGGCGCCAUUGCGGCAUACAACUACAUCAAGAUCACAAAGAUGCGCGAGGACGCCCAGAAGGAGGUCCAGCGCGACCACAUGGAAACUUCCGAAUCUUCUGGCUCGAGCGGCAGUGACAAUGAUGAUGGCGGCGAGGAGACGGGCCUAUUACGCAACAGCACCGACUACGAGGACAAUCUUGUUACGGCAGACGGAGACAUCUUGCCGAAGCCGGGACACACGACUCAAGAGUCAAGAACAGCCAGCGCGCACCGCACAGACUAG